AUGGACACAACCAUCAUCCCAGAGAAGAUGGCGCCUUCUAUGCUGAACAUGGUUAUAAGCUCAUUUAUCUUGUCAAACCUGCAUUGUCCAUCUUGCGUUUCCACCAUCAAAAACACCCUUUACGCCCUUGAUCCAUCACCUUUCUCUGUAUCACCAUCUCUCGUCUCCUCGGUGGUCACCGUCGAACACAGUGAAGCUCUCCCGGCCACGGAGAUACAAGAAGCCUUGGAGAAUGCCGGCUUCGAGAUAUAUGAUGCUACGGGCGCGCCUAUCCUUGCCCUCGGGAAAUCACAUAUGGGAUCCGAGGAGGACGCAGGCUACCUUGAUCGAAUAAUUGAUAGGUUUUCGUCCGACCAAUCUUCUCGCCGGCGUCAGAAGAGACAAACAUCGUCCUCUCAGCAUGUUCAACAAUGCGACGCUUGUCGUACAGGCUUCAGCAGGUCUUCUGAUUCAAAUUUUUCGUCUUCCGCCAACCUUCGGAAUACAAAUGCGAUGUCUUCUGCUUCCAGUGUCAGUUCUCUAGUAGUCAUCGACUCUACAGACUCCCCAAUUAAACCGGAUCUAUGGCGGGCGUCUCUAGCAAUUGGAGGAAUGACAUGCGCUGCUUGCGUGAGUGCUAUUACUGAGGAUUUGGAGAAAAAGGAUUGGGUCAAGAAGGUCGUGGUCAAUUUAAUCUCGAACAGUGCUACUAUCGAGUUCAUCGGGGAGCACCACAAGGACGACAUUGUUCGGAGCAUCGAGGAUAUUGGAUACGAGGCGGCCAUUGACACUGUCGUGGACGCUAAUCAGACCAACUCCGUAAUCCGCAGUGGCGAAAGAACGAUGGAGAUCCAGGUUGAUGGAAUGGUCUGCGACCACUGUCCCCCUCGUGUGCAUGCAGCUCUCAAAAGCUUCGGCAACAAGGUCAAGGUCGACAGACCUGUCUCUCUCGAAAAUAACAUUCUCAAGAUCACAUACAUUCCGCAGGUUCCCCACUUUACCAUCCGAAAUAUCAUUCAGGCACUUUCUGAGGCGGACAAUGCUCUCACACCUUCGAUAUACCAUCCGCCUACCCUCGAGGAAAGAUCUCGACAGCUCCAUGCACGUGAGCAACUACGGAUCCUAAUCAGAGUCAUCCUCACCCUCAUUGUUGCGAUUCCAGCUCUUAUUAUCGGCAUCAUAUAUAUGAGCUUGGUACCCGCCAGCAACGGCGGCCGAAUGUAUCUGAUGAAGACGCUUGAAGCCGGUGUGAGCCGUGCACAGUGGGCAUUGUUUAUCAUGUCGACGCCCGUGUACUUCCUCUGUGCUGAUGUGUUCCAUAUCCGUGCUUUGAAGGAGAUCAGAUCAAUGUGGCGACGUGGAAGUCCAACCCCUAUUCUGCAAAGAUUCUACCGGUUCGGAAGCAUGAAUAUGCUUAUGUCACUUGGCACUUCUAUUGCAUACAUCUCAUCUGUCGCUCAGCUGAUCGCAGCUGCUGUCCAGAGGCCGAAGGAAGUCGAUAAUUCGGAAUUCUACUUCGAUUCGGUUGUUUUUUUGACCCUUUUCCUCCUCGUUGGACGUCUCAUCGAGUCUUACAGCAAGUCAAAAACUGGAGAUGCUGUCACACUACUCGGAAAGCUACGACCAACCGAGGCUCUUCUGGUUGAGUCGGGCAGACGUUCGAGCGAGCACACCCUCAUCGACGAGCAGGAUGCCAAUGGGACACCUUCAGAGACCACGAAGAAUGUCAACGUUGAUAUGCUCGAAUUUGGAGAUGUCGUCAAAAUUUUACAUGGAGGAUCUCCGCCAUGCGAUGGGGCAGUUGUUCAGGGAGAGUCGAAAUUCGACGAGUCUUCCCUAACUGGGGAAUCGCGACUAGUUCACAAGAUCUUUGGAGAUGAUGUAUUCUCUGGAACGGUCAACAAGGGCUCACCAAUCUCUGUCCAGAUCACCGGAGUUGCCGGAGCUUCCAUGCUGGAUCAGAUCGUCAAGGCGGUCCGGGAAGGCCAAACUCGGCGAGCACCAAUGGAACGAAUAGCUGAUGCACUGACUGGCUAUUUUGUACCGUUUGUCACCUUGAUCGCUCUCAUGACCUGGCUCGUAUGGCUUGGUUUGGGCAUGUCGGGAGCACUUCCAAAGAGCUACCUUGGCACUGAUAAAGGUGGAGAUACGAGUGAAUGGGUGGCGUGGUCCCUACAGUUUGCUAUUGCAGUGUUCGUCGUAGCUUGUCCUUGUGGUCUGGCCUUGGCUGCUCCAACUGCCCUUUUUGUUGGUGGCGGUCUCGCAGCGAAGUAUGGAAUAUUGGUCAAGGGCGGUGGUGAGGCUUUUGAAAAAGCCAGCAAGCUUGACUGCGUCGUCUUCGACAAGACUGGAACCUUGACCGUAGGUGGUGAGCCAGUUGUCACUGAUUUUGACAUUCUUCCUUUUGAUUCGGGCAUGGAUCAUAUGGAGUCAAGAAUGUUGAUUCUUGGUAUGGUCGGUGCACUUGAGAGCAACAGCAGUCACACCAUUGCAAAAGCAUUGGUUUCGCUAUGCAAGACCCACAAGACCACAGAUUUAGAUGUGGACCUGGUCGAAGAAACCGCAGGAAGGGGCCUGAGCGGAAAGUUCUUCUUGAAGGAAAGGGGCGCCGAAGCAAAAGUGAUCAUCGGUAACGAAGCUUUCAUGAAGUAUAACGACGUUGUCCUGCUCGGCCCGACGCAAUCGACAAUUGAAAAAUGGAAGUUAGAAGGAAAAUCUAUCGCAUUGGUCGCCAUCAGUGUCAAUCACUCGAUGAGUCUCCUCACGCCAGGCUCAUGGGAGGUUGCAGCAAUGUUCGCCAUUUCUGAUCCUAUCCGACCGGAAGCACCCGGUAUUAUCAAAGCUCUGCAGGCUAGAGGAACGGACGUCUGGAUGCUCUCGGGAGACAACCAGAUGACAGCCGAUGCCAUCGGAACAAAGAUCGGCAUCCCAACCUCUAACAUCAUUGCUGGUGUCCUUCCUAGCGAGAAGGCAGAAAAGAUCAACUACCUACAGCGAUCCUUGAAAGCCUGCACUUCAUCUGGUGCGGAGCAUUCUACGAAUCGCGCUCUCGUUGCAAUGGUCGGUGAUGGCAUCAACGACUCCCCUGCUCUUACGACUGCGGAUGUUGGUAUCGCAAUCGGCUCGGGGUCAGACAUCGCUAUCUCAUCUGCAGAGUUCGUCCUUGUUUCAAGCAACCUCAACUCACUCAUCACCCUCCUCGACCUGAGCAAGUUUGUCUUCCGAAGAAUCAAGUUCAAUUUCGGCUGGGCGUUGAUCUAUAAUCUUAUUGCAUUGCCGGUCGCAGCUGGCGUGCUGUACCCGAUUGUCAGUAAAGGGCAUCACGUCAGACUCGAUCCUGUCUGGGGCAGUCUGGCGAUGGCCUUGAGCUCGAUUAGUGUCGUUUGCAGCAGUUUGGCUUUGCGGAGUAGGGUACCAUGGAUUGGAUUCAAAGCGAAGGAGGCUGUUGGUGAGAAAGAGUAA